AGCAGCUGCAUCCAGACUUGCCUUUCCUCCAUCAUCGCCUGUUUGCCUGAUCCUGUCAGUUCUUUCCUGGAUCCUUCGCGUCUCCAGCUUCAUCAGUCUCCCCUCGCCUCCACGAUCGCUUUCCUGUGGCUUCUGAGUGAGGUCGCAAUCCCUUCACCAUGGUUCAAAUCAGUGAAGUGAAGGGCAACUCGCGCGAGAACAGAACAGCAGCCCACACGCAUAUCAAGGGUCUGGGCCUACGACUAGAUGGUACUGCAGAGGCAUCCGGAGAUGGAUUCGUUGGACAAACAGCCGCCCGUGAGGCAUGCGGUGUCGUGGUUGAUCUGAUCAAGGCAAAGAAGAUGGCUGGCCGGGCUGUCCUUCUGGCUGGUGGUCCCGGAACUGGAAAGACGGCUCUCGCCCUUGCCGUGUCGCAAGAGCUGGGAACCAAAGUCCCGUUCUGCCCGAUUGUUGGUAGUGAGAUCUACUCGGCUGAGGUCAAGAAAACAGAGGCGCUCAUGGAGAACUUCCGGAGGGCAAUUGGCCUCCGUGUCCGCGAAACAAAGGAAGUAUACGAGGGUGAAGUUACGGAACUUACCCCCGAAGAAACCGAGAACCCACUGGGAGGAUACGGUCGCACGAUCAGCCAUUUGAUCAUUGGACUGAAGUCCGCCAAGGGUACCAAGAAGCUGCGCCUGGACCCCAGCAUCUACGAAGCCAUCCAGAAGGAGCGGGUCACCGUGGGAGACGUCAUCUACAUUGAAGCGAACACCGGAGCCUGCAAGCGUGUCGGGCGUUCCGACGCUUAUGCGACCGAGUUCGACCUCGAAGCGGAAGAGUACGUUCCCGUGCCAAAGGGAGAGGUUCACAAAAAGAAGGAGAUUGUCCAGGACGUGACGUUGCAUGAUCUGGAUACGGCCAAUGCCCGGCCCCAGGGUGGACAGGAUGUGAUGAGCAUGAUGGGACAACUCAUGAAGCCCAAGAAGACCGAGAUCACGGAGAAAUUGCGCCAGGAGAUCAACAAGGUCGUCAACCGGUACAUUGACCAAGGUGUUGCGGAGCUUGUUCCUGGUGUUCUUUUCAUCGAUGAGGUUCACAUGCUUGACAUCGAGUGCUUCACAUACCUCAACCGCGCCCUCGAAUCCUCCAUCUCCCCCAUCGUCAUUCUCGCCUCUAACCGCGGUAACACCGUCAUCCGCGGUACGGACGAUAUCACCGCCGCCCACGGCAUUCCUCCCGACCUUCUCGCCCGUCUCCUCAUCAUCCCCACCCACUCCUACUCUCCCGACGAGAUCAAGACCAUCAUUCGCCUGCGCGCCAAGACGGAAGGACUCAACAUCACCGACCCUGCCUUGGACAAGGUCGCCGAACACGGCAGCAAGGUCAGCCUGCGGUAUGCCCUGCAAUUAUUGACCCCCGCCAGCAUUCUCGCCCGGGUGAACGGACGCCCGGGAGGUAUCGAGGAAGCCGACGUGGCCGAGUGCGAAGAUCUUUUCCUGGAUGCGCGGAGGAGUGCCUCGAUCGUGAACCAGGAUAGUGAGAAAUACCUCAAAUAAAUGGAGCGCGAUAAAGAUGUCUCUUUGUUUGGAUUUAAUGUGAGCUUCUAGAAACAAGCAGGGUUUGGAAUCGAAAGGGGUUCGUGAAGGAGAGAAGAAAGCAAGAAAACAAACAAAGAGACAUACCAGGCAAAGCAAUCUGUAUACCAUGUCUGGUGUGACUGUAGGUUUUGUAUGGCAGGUUUUUCUAAACUGGGAAAGAGCGACUGCUUUUUUUUCUAUGAAUGAGCUAUUUUACGUUAAUGUCAACUAGUAUUCGGAUCUUCGCUUCCCAUCGCCGUCAUUGACUAGUGUCUUUCCAUCUCCACAAUGGCUUAUGGUAGGUUUAAG